UACGCAUUAUGCUCCAUCGUGAAGCUGUAAACACAAGACGUUUCAGCCAUGUGGUUGUUUGACAGCAGCGGUGUUACGUCAUAUUUCCGCGCCCUGCGCCUCGUUGCUGCCAGCCAGGACUCGCCGAGAAGCAUGGGGCACCUUGGCGGUUUAUUUCUCCUCAUCGCGCCGCUCUUUUGGAGUCACAUCUGGGGUGCUGCGGGUCACUCUUUACCUGCCUGUCACAAACAGCUGGAGUUCAGGUGUGGAGACGGUGUGUGUGUCUCUAAGCUGAAGGUGUGUGAUGGCCAUGCAGAUUGUGGAGAUGGAUCAGAUGAGCGACACUGCAGACACGCGGGGUGUAAGACAGACGAGUUCUCCUGCUACAGCCGACGGUGCAUCUCCAUCAACUCCUUAUGCGACGGCGUUGAUGAUUGUGGCGAUGGGAGUGAUGAGGAUUCCUGUCCCAAAUGCGCCACUGGUUCGUUCUCCUGCGGGAUGUCUGAUGUCUGUCUGCCUAGAAGCCAGCUCUGUGACGGACGGAAUGACUGCAAAGACGGACGGGAUGAGACCCGGAAGCUGUGUGGUUCUGUCCAGCCCAGGCCUCAGAGCUCGCCCACCUCAUGCGCAGCAUCGGAGUUUCGGUGCAGAGAUGGAGAGUGCAUCCGUCACGCGUGGAGGUGUGACCACUCUCCGGACUGCUCUGAUGGCAGCGAUGAAGACGACUGUGAUAUUGGCGAUCAGGACGAGUGUCGGGUAAAUAAUGGCGGCUGUUCUCAUUACUGUCUGGACCAGUCGGUGGGGUUCCUCUGCAGCUGUCCGGCCAACAUGAAGCUGGUUGGGGACAGUCGGUGUGAGGAAGUGGACUCAUGCCUGGAGAGUGAUGUGUGUGAUCAGCUGUGUGUUGACAUAAACAACAGCCUCACCUGUAAAUGUCAUGAGGGUUAUCACAUGAAUGCGUCAAGUGGAGAGUGCAGAGCCAAUGGUGAAGAAGCUCAGCUGGUUUUUACCUCCUCCAAAGGGAUCCAGCUAAGGAAUGCUGAAUCUAAAUCCCUGGCAGCGUAUUUACCUGGCCCAGGUCCCGUAGCCGUCGUCGCCUCUAAUCUCACCUUAUACUGGGCCCAGCGAGAACAAGGCUCCAUAUACAGGAUUUCUGUGAACAAAAAGCCACAUGAAGCCAUUCUGGUGGUAAGAGUCCAAGGCUUGGUGUCGGGGCUCGCCAUAGACUGGAUCCACCAACUUCUGUACUGGACCAGUCCAGAGGAGGGUUCUGUUAACGUGGCUCUGCUAGACGGAUCAUCUCAGGUUCAACUCAUCACUGGACUCUACGACCCGUCUGCUGUGGCUGUGGAUCCUCUUCGAGGGCUCCUGUUUUGGGCGCAGUGUGGCGGAAGUCCAAAGGUUGAGAAGUCCAGCUUAGACGGCAGCAGCAGGGCGGAUGUGGUCACGUCGUUAAUUCAGCAGCCAGUCGCGCUCACUCUGGACAUGACUCGGCAGCUGCUGUACUGGUUUGACCAGGGAAUGAGAAGCAUUUCCAGAAUAUCUUUAGAUGGUCGCCAUCGUAAAACGGUGGUCGAGUCUAACGGCUAUCUGGACCGGCUGUUUGGACUUGCUGUGUUCGAGGGAUUCCUGUACUGGGGUGACGAGGUGACCGGCUCCAUCUGCCGAGCCAACAAGCACAGCGGCAGUAACCUCCAGGUGCUGAUGUCUAAUGUCACCUCACCUGGUGGUGUGGCCCUCCUCCACCCUGUGCUUCAACCACACGGCCCGUCUGUGUGUGGGCGUCCUGGGAUGACGUGUCAGCACGGGUGUGUUGUCGACCUGCAUCCUGAUGGGCUCCGCUUCAGCUGCGGUUCCCCAGGAACUAAAGAAAAUUCCCAGGUUCCAGGGAUCUUCAGCACAGCUCCAGCAAAAACGUUACCCGAUGCCACAUUUGCCGGAUAUCUCUCUUUGAUCAUGUUCCUUGCGGUGCUGCUGGUGGGAACGGCUUUGUGGUGGUGGAGAGAAGAGCUUUGGCCUUCCAGGUCUCUCACCCUGCAGAGCUUCUCCCUCAAAGAGUCUCGGGUCCCACUCAUCGUUCAGCCACCGUCUGGAUCUGAGGCUGACGUUGGUCCAGGCAGGUGGAGCUCACUUAGACACAGAGCAGAUGUUGUUCUUACACAAGGACACUCACAGCUUUCACAUCCACGUGAAAAUCUUUUUUUUUUUUUUAUAAGUAAAUAACAGCGAUGGAGCUACACGUCAAUUUUUUAUUUUUACUCAAAUUAUUUAGAUCUUUAUUUAGUUUAAAUGAGGCCAAACCACACCCGCACAGCAAUAAAAUAACUAAAUGGGGUCUAGUACAGCUUUUUGUUCCUGAGCUAGCUAUUGUUUAAACUUCUGCAGCAAAGUGACUUUAUCAGUUAUGUGAUCACCAGAUGUUUCCUCUUAAGGAAGUAAAAAAACAAAACCGGGAUGUAUCUGACAGUAUCCGUUGGUUUCCCAGGAAAAAAGACGACUUUGCUAAUUCUAAACCCCACAAACUCAGAGUUUCAGUCCGUUUAGCAGGUUUUGAAGCUGACCUGAUGAAUGGUGGUCUCUUUGGGUUUCUCUGAUGUUUUCAUUGAUCUUUAAGUCUUUUGGUGUGAUCUUUGUGGUGCUCUCUGACAGGAAACCCCUCUGAGGCUGGACUUGGUCGGUGAGUUAAGAUGUGACACAGAUGUUGGACUUGAAUGAACUUGGCCUGGCUGGAUGAUUUAAUGCUGCAGUCACCUCGGAGCCGACACACCCAGCUGAUCAGCUCGACACGUCCCAGCCUCCUCACGCUGGCUCCAGCACUGCAGACAUGACAGACAUGUUCCAGCUGUGGGAGUCAGGAGGCCUGCUGUGCUCUCACUAUGACGAGCUGUGCCCCAGUCACCAAGAGCACAAAUGAAUAAGUGACUAUACAAAAGCUCUGUUCUAGUCUGAAAGCAGGACAAUUCCAGUGAAAUUUUAAAUCGAGCAGAUUAGUUGGUUAAUUUUGUAAAUCAUUGAAUAAAAACCAUUUUCUGCUGAACGGUUUGAAUUUCCACAAACAGAAUCGCGUUAUUGGUUUUCAGUUGGGAGAAACAAGUAAUUAGGAUACUUUGAAUGAUUUUCUAAAGAUUUGUUUUCUGUUAUUUUUGCACUUCCUCCUUCAGUAUAGACCUAUUUAUUCCUUUUCGGUUUCUAAUAUUUUCCAAAAACUUGGGAUUGAACAUUAUUUCCUGUUAUUUCACUUUGACGUUUGAGGAAAAACUUCUUUAAUUCUGGUUUAAACUCUUGUGUUUGGUGUGAGAGGGGAUGUUUGGUGUCCUGCUGCCCAGUGAAUACUUGAAUCAUGUAUUUAAUGCGUCAGCAGAAGGUGUUUGUAUGUUUAAAAGAUUACAUGGUGGUGAAACUUGAAUCUGCUCCAUCUUUAUCAGAACAGAGUAUUGUAUUUAUUUUAUAAAGUCUAAUAUCUGGUCAUUAAAACUGAAGCUGUGUGUUGGGGUAAGAAAUGCUAAAUUAUUGCUGAGAAAAUUAAGAGUUCAACUUGAACAUGAAUGUGACUUUUUUCAGGUUUCAAACAUUUCAUUUGAUGGAAAAGUGAAGCCCAGCUGUUUGUCUUUCUAAGCGCUGGUUCUGAUGUUGGAAGAAAUGUUUUCUAUUUCUUUUCUGUAUCAUCUCCAGAGUUCAUUUCAUCAGCUCUGCUGUCUGUUCUUUUCCUUUUUGUUUGAAACAAACGUGAUUAUUGGACAGAAGAUCCAGAGGCGUUUGUGUGCUGAAACUGCUGAGUUCUGUAGUGGGUAUUUAUUAUUCAUUAAGAUUUUAUUUUAUUUUCACUCAUUGGAGUUAUAUAAGUGAGUACAAUGUAAAUGAAGCAGAUUAAAGUACUUUGUUGUUUACUA